AUGAACCAAAAAUGUAAUUUUUGUAACGCUCUCAAGUGGAAAGGCGAAACUCCUGGUAUGUGCUGUAAUAUAGGUAAAACACAACUCGAUCCCUUACAGCCGCCCCCAGAACCAUUACGCAGUUUACUUGAGGGAGACCAUCCUGAUCAUGAUCACUUCAUUAAUCGUACUAGGAAAUAUAAUAGUUGUUUUCAAAUGACUUCGUUUGGUGCUAAACAGAUUGUUGAAGAAGGUUAUAUGCCAACAUUUAAAGUGCAAGGCCAAGUCUACCAUUUGUACGGCAGUUUGAUUCCAAAUACUCAGGAAAACCCACAAUUUUUACAAAUAUAUUUUGUUGGCGAAGAUGAAAAAGAAGUUCAACUUAGAUGCUCUCUUUAUCCAGAAGUUAAACAAGCAUUAGUCAAACAGCUACAAAAUAUGCUGCAUACUGAAAAUAAGUAUAUUCGAGAGUUAAAAACCACAAUAGAUAAUGCAAGUCAAAAUAAUACUAAUUUUCAGGUGGUUAUUCACGCUGAUAGAAAACCUGCUAAUGGACACAAAGGCUGUUAUAAUGCUGCAACAUGUAAUGAAGUAGCUUUAGUUAUAGUUGGGCAGCAGUUUGAAAAACGUGAUAUUAUUAUUCAAAGCCACGAUAAUCGAUUACAACGGAUAAGUGAAUUACACAGAUCCUACGACGCACUUCAAUACCCUCUAAUGUUUUGUUAUGGAGAAGAUGGAUACUCAAUAGAUAUUUCUCAGAAGGAUGCAACUACAAAAUUAAUUACAGAUAAAACUGUAUCUGCUGCCAAUUUUUAUUCAUAUAAAAUUAUGGUAAGGAAAGAACAAGAUAAUCAUUUGCUUCGUUAUGGUCCAUUGUUCAACCAAUAUUUAGUAGAUAUGUACGCAAAAAUAGAGACUGAAAGAUUAAAUCUCAUUAGAAAUCAUCAAAAUAAGCUUAGAGCAGAUAAAUAUAUUCAUUUAAAAGAUACCGUUGGAAGACAAGAUGUUGACGCAGAUCAACUUGGAAAAUUAGUUGUAUUGCCAUCAUCUUUUACAGGAGGCCCACGAUAUAUGCAUGAACGAGCCCAAGAUACACUGACGUACGUUCGACACUAUGGCAGCUCAGAUUUAUUCGUAACUUUUACGUGUAAUCCAAAAUGGCAAGAAAUCCAAGAAGCACUUUUACGAGGACAAAAACAUUACCAUCGCCCAGACAUCAUUGCAAGAGUAUUUAAUCGAAAAGUUAAGGAGUUAAUAGAUCUGUUGACAAAAGGAGAUUUGUUUGGGAAAGUGAGGUGCCAUAUAUAUUCAGUUGAAUGGCAGAAACGAGGCCUACCUCACGUACACAUAUUACUAUGGUUGGAGAAUCAAAUUACAUCAGAUAUGAUAGAUAAAUUCGUGUGUGCUGAGAUUCCGAAUCCAGAUGUAGAUCCUUUACUGUACGAGAUAGUAAAGGCUAACAUGAUACAUGGACCAUGUGGACUUUUGAACAAAAAUUCUCCGUGCAUGAAAGGAGGUGUUUGCAGCAAACGUUAUCCAGUUACGCUCAUUCAAGAAACUCAAAGAGGUGAAGAUGGCUAUCCAAAAUAUAGAAGGCGAUCAACAAACGAUGGUGGUUUCAAAGUGAGUAUUAAGUCAAUUGACCUAGAUAACAGGUGGGUUAUUCCAUAUAACCCUGUGUUAUUGCGUACUUUUAGUGCUCAUAUAAAUGUAGAAAUAACCAGUUCAAUCAAGUCUAUAAAAUAUGUAUGCAAAUAUGUCACAAAAGGUAGUGAUCACGCAGCGUUUGGUUUAGGAAAAUCUGACCAUACAGAUGAAAUAAAAAUAUAUGAAAGUGGCAGGUAUAUCAGUAGUUCCGAAGCAGCUUGGAAAAUUUUAGGUUUUUAUAUACACGAUAGGUAUCCAGCUAUUAUUCAUCUUGAUGUUCACCUAGAAAAUGGACAACGUGUCUACUUCACAGCAAAUAAUGUUGCCGAAAGAAUAGAAAAUCCACCAACAACAACUCUUCAGGCUUUUUUCCAGAUAUGUCAAACCGAUAAUUUUGCAAGAACAUUGCUUUAUCCACAAGUUGCUUCGUAUUAUGUGUGGAAAAAUAAGAAUUUUGUUAGACGUAAACAAGGCCAGAAUGUCGAAGGUUGGACAGGAGUUAAGAAAGAUACAGCUUUGGGUAGAGUUUAUACAAUCCACCCAAACAAUGUUGAAUGUUACCAUCUUCGUCUUCUUCUUCAUUACGUAAAAGGUCCAACAUCGUAUUCAUUUUUGAAGAUUGUGAACAAUAUCGAGUAUCCGACAUUCCAGGCCACAUGUAAAGCACUUGGAUUAUUAGAAGAUGACAAUCAGUGGGAUUUUGCUUUAGAAGAAGCAGCAUUAUGUCGUUAA